GGCAUUCCGGCUUUCUAUUAGAUCCGCGCAUGACCUCAAUCAGAACUGCACUUUGUGUUGUGGGGUUUUUUUUAACACAAAUAUUACGUAAUUCUCAACGAGCGAACGAAGUCCAAGCAGUGAAAGCGAUAGAACGAGAGCUAACGAGACAGAAAAAGUGUACCGGAAAAUGUCUACAAACCAAUUCCCAUACAAGUAGGCAUUCCGGCUUUCUAUUAGAUCCGCGCAUGACCUGAAUCAGAACUGCACUUUGUGUUGUGGGUUUUUUUAAAAACACAAAUAUUACGUAAUUCUCAACGAGCGAACGAAGUCCAAGCAGUGAAAGCGAUAUCUUCUAACGAAAGCUAACGAGACAGAAAAAGUGUACCGGAAAAUGUCUAGAAACCAUUUCCCAUACAAGAUUGAGCUGCAUGUCCAUCUGGAUGGAGCCAUCCGUACGGAGACCAUCGUCGAGACAGCCAAGCGCAGGGGCAUACAUUUUCCAUGGGAAACGACGGAAGAAUUGAAGUCGCACGUGGUUAUGACGUCACCUCCAUACACAUUACAGGCUCUGUUAGACAAAUUCAACACUUUCAUGCCAGUUGUUGCAGGUGACAGAGAUGCCAUCUACAAGCUGGCCUAUGACUUUUGCGAGGACUCCAUGCUACACAACGUGUACUAUGUGGAGGCUCGGUAUUCGCCCCAGUUGUUCGCCAACAAAAUGACCAAUGGCGAGAAACCGCCCUACGCUCUGACGGAGGGCGACAUCACGCCCCGGGAAGUGGUCAGCAUCAUCUGUGACGCUUUUGAGAAAGGCUCCAAAGACUUUGGGAUCAUUGUCAAGUCCAUUCUCUGUUGCGUUGUACAUGAACCAAAUUGGUCAAAUGAAGUAGUGGAACUGUGUAAGGAGUUUCAAUCACGUGGUGUGGUUGCCAUUGACAUCACCUGCGGUGACCUUGACCCAAAAAUUCAUAAUAAAGAACUACAUACUCGUGCUUUCCAGCAAGCCUCCAAACUUGGAAUACACAGAACUGUACAUGCGGGAGAGAAUGGGCCAGCGGAGGGCAUCAAGUUGGCCCUAGAUGAGAUGCAUGCAGAGAGGAUCGGGCACGGAUAUAAAGUGGUGGACGAUCCCGAUCUAUAUGAACGCUGUAGGAAGGAGAACAUACACUUUGAAGUGUGUCCGAUAUCUAGUGUCAAACUUGGUUCCGUCUCCGAUGACCUUGACAAGCACCCCCUCCACAGGUUUAUUGACGACGAGGUCAAUUUCUCCAUCAGCACGGAUGACCCCAUCGUCCUUGACAACAACCUGACCAGUGAUUAUGAAAUGGUGAUGGAAAUGGGAUUGGAUAAGGACCACGUGAUCGCUACGGACGUCUGCGUCUAAUGGAAUGGUACCAUUGAACUGUACUGCAGGAAGGUUUGUUGUUUUUUGUAGACGUUCGGUGCUGUAGAUUUCUUUUUUAUUUUUCAUAAAUGUCUGCACGUUUUGCUGUGUUUUUACAAUGAGGGGGCUGGACUUCUGUCAGAUAUCAAUAGGACUGAGCAAAAAUAGAGUGGAUAUUUGACAAUGCCAUGUAAAGUCCGUGUAAUAAAGCUUGAAUUAACCCGUCGUCUGUUAUAAUAACUAAAUUAACCAUGCAGUCGUCUAUCUAAAAUAUCAGAAUAUAUUGUGGCAAAGUAAAUACACAUUUUGCCAUAUAUAUCUAAAUGUUACAUUCAGAUACAAUUUCAUUUCUUUGGUUAUAGUCAUAGAUCAAUAUACUUUUACAUGAUUCGCGGUAAAAACUUAAACUUAUUUUCAUUUUACUUAAAUCUUACAUCUAGGCUUUGAUAUUUUAUUACAUAUCUUUACACUAUGUUUGAUACUUUUUAUUUGUUUUCUACAUUAGUAAAUGUCAAUUAAACUAUCAACAAUUAAUUUGUAUGUAUAUAGAACGUCUUUGUAAUUAAUGCACGUGUAUUUAUAGUAAAACCCGGUUAUAGCGAACACACAUAUAUAAUGACUUGACGCUUACAGCGAAGUGAUUUUCAUUCCCUGUGACUUUAUUACAUGUUGUAAACCUCACGUAUAAAACAAAUUACGUUUAUAACGAAGUAAAAUCGCCCGUCCCUAGCACUUCGUUAUAAGCGUGUUUUACUGUAUUUGAUAUCAGCAGGCUACGCGUAUGUUUGAGUUUCAAUUUCAUUUCUGCAUGAUUAAUCACGGUAUAUGCAGUCUUAAUACCGUAUUCUAUUUUAAAUGUUACAAAUAACAGAUUACAUAUUGAUUUAGGGUGGUCAUGUACCAGGCUAAAGCUAGCAGCCACUAACAGCAGCCAAUAAGCCCGUAGAAGCUAGCUGCCAAUAUUUUAAGUACUGAGAGCACUCGAACAAAAAAUAUAUUUUACUUUAUCAUCGACAUACUUUGAUUAAUAUCAAUAUGAUUUAUGUACCAAUAAUUUGUACGAACAUUGACUUUGGAGGCCGUAAAACUAGCCUGGAUAAGAAUUAAAAAUGCGUCUGUGUUUAACAGAAAUCAAAGAAAUAUUGAUAUAUGUCUACACGGGUCAGAAGGUAUGAAAAUAAUGUUAUCUUAAGUGUAAAAUAAUUUGAUUCAAUCAGGUUGGUCUUGCGUAUUUUAUGAUUGCCUUUCCUUUGGAUAUUUUCGUCCUUUAAACCUAUUACUUUACUACAUGUUGUAAACCUCACGUAUAUAACAAAUUAUGUUUAUAACGAAGUAAAAUCGCCCGUCCCUGGCCAUUCGUUAUAAGCGUGUUUUACUGUAUUUGAUUUCGUCCUCUAAACGACUGGUGCAUUGAUGUUGUUUUAAUUUGUUUGGGUCUUCUGUCACGUGAUGUAUCUGUAUGACGUACCUGUGUUUGGUUUUUUUUAAAUAUCAGAUAUUCCAUGCCGCCCGCUCCUGUUUCGCCUCACCGGAAGAGAAA